AAAGGCAGCCCGGUGUAGACAGUUAUUUCUGUCUUCCAGUUCCUCAGUGCAUUUUUACCCCUUUCUCCUUUAAGGGCAAAAUUUACUUUAGCAAAGAAUCAAAUGUAACUUUUACUUCAUUAGGACUAAAACCACAGGUAUAUUCCGGUUUUUUAGGGUGUGGGUCACAACGUUAUAUAUUCUCCACCGUUUACAUUUCUGCUUCCUUUCCCAUUCAAUUUUUUUUUCUUGUUGGAGAAAUGUUUUUCCUUUAAUACUUUUAAUAAAUCAUUUUUCCUGACUUUCCAUGGGAGUACAAGUGUAGGAACUAAGGAAACUGAAGGUGCGAGUAUUAUUUUUAUGGUGGCACAUGGAAACCUGUGGCUUAGCUUAUUUGCUACAUAGAUCCUUUUAAGUUAUCUGAAUAUUACACACAAACAUAUGCAUCGAAAACGGAAACAGCUUGAUUACCGCAUAACACUAAGGGGAAAUGUUAAAGCUUUGUUUGACAUAUCAUAAUGGCAUGAUAUGGCUAAGGUAUAGGUGGAUUUUCAUGUAUUAAGCCAAAUGAUCAGAUUAUGGUUUGGUGUUAUGUGGAAACUAGCCAAUGAAUAUAUUUAUUGCAUUCAUAUCCUGCCUUUUCUUUGGGAGUUUAAAUUAGCAUAUCUGGAGCUGUCUCCUCAUUUUAUGGCCAAUGCAACAAUCUUAAAUAGGUUGAAUUGAGAAGGAAUAUCAGGGCAGUUGAUUGUGGAAUGUGAACCCAUUCAGUUGGGUAUAUUCAGGUGGUUAAGCAUAACAUCAACUCAACUAUUGUGGUUAGUCAACACUUCAAAUUGAUCAAAAGAAAUACACUUUUUUUCUUUGAUUUACUGGAGAGCAAUACAGGUAGUCCUCGACUUACAACAGUUCAUUUAGUGACCGUUCAAACUACUGGAAAAAUUGACUUAUAACCAUCUUUCACAUUUAUGACCAUUGGAGCAGCCCCAUGGUCACGUGAUCAAAAUUCAGAUGCUUGGUCACUGACUCAUAUAUAUGAUGGUUUCAGUGCCCCAGGGUUAUGAGAUCACUUUUUGUGACCACCUGACAAAGUCAAUGGAGAAGUGAGAUUCCCUUAACAACUGUGUUAUUAACUUAAAAACUGUGUUUCACUUAACAACUAUCAAGAAAGGUUGUAAAAUGAAACAACUCACUUAACAAAUGUCUCUCUUAACAACAGAAAUUUUGACUUAAUUGUGGUUGUAACUCGAGGACUACCUGCACUAGUCUUUAAUUCUGUUGCAUUUGAACCAGCCCACUGUCUGAGCAAUCAGUCAGGUGUCUUCAAUAGUUCAUGAGUUAUGUGUUUCACUUCAUAAAUAAAUUUUUCAAAGAAUGCUUUGGAUAUUAUCUUUUGGUAACAUCCAAUAAUAUCAUUACAUCUUCAGCCCAAUCUGGAAUCUCUGCUGUGACUUUUAAGUCCAAUAUGGUUUACAGUACUGGCAAAUGCUGACAAUCAAUUGGAUGCAGCUUAUAACUUUUUAUUGAAUUCCAGUUGCACGCAGGCUCUUAAAAUUUACUUCCUAAAUUCUCUUUGUGAUUACUUGUGAGUUACUAGCCAGAGGACUGGAAACAAAGUUUCAAGUUGAUAUAGAAAACAUAAAGCAAAUGAUACAGUAUCUUUGUAGUCUUGUUCAGAUGUUAUACUUUUGAAAGAUAUGGAAGAGAUAGAAAAUAUUAAGGAACACAAUAAUAUAAUUGUUUCCAUUUAAAUACAUUGGUUUGAAAUUUUGUAUAAUGUUUGAGUUUACGUAUCUAAAUCAUACUGGUGAUAUAGUUUAUUUGGUUUUGAAUUAUUACAUGGUGAACUUUGAUGCAUAAGUUUGUGUGUGAUAUGUAAAUCUGGUUGAUUGUUUAACUGUGAUUUGUAGAAAUCUAACAAACCAUAGCUAACUAGUGGUUGAAUUUAACCUGGGCAAAGUGUAAAAAGAAAAAGGCAAUUAGCAGUUCAAUAUAUUUCUUCAGCUCAAUCCAUACAAUUCUUUCAAAUUAGGAAAUAAUUAUUUGAAUUACUUUUCUUUUCAUUGAAGACUGUGCUAAUUGUUGGUGGAAUAAUUGUGGAUGGAAGAUUGUGAUUGCCAACUCCAUGGCAAUUGUGAGGUCAUAAAAGCAGCUGGAAGAUUCCUGCCCUGCCUAGAGAGUCAGUUGGCUUGUAGAGUUGAGCCCCAUUUUACCAGUGAAAGUCUCAAUCUGAAUUUGAAGCGUUCUUCUGCUUGCACUAAUGUUUCUCUUCUGAAUCUAACUGAUGGGGAACGUGAUGAUUCCACCACGGAGAAUGAAUCCACAGAUGAUGGUGGUCCACCAGGGGGAGCAGGGGGCGAAAGGCGGGAUCUUCUAUUUCCCAUCAAGCCAGCUUGGUCAGAAGAUGAAGAUGAUACUUCCAACCAGCAGGAAGUGAGUAAUAGUGGCCUCUUACGAGCCAAGGAUUCUAUCACCAGCCUCAAAGAGAAGACAUCCAAGGUCACCCACCAUCUUCACAACCUGCAGGAAAGCUGCCGAAAGGUGACAAAAUCUGUGGAGGAUGCUGAAAUUAAGACCAGCGUGCUGGAAGAAAAUUCAGCCCACUUGCAGGAGAAACUGCGUAACUUACAGCAACAGGUUCAAGUAGAAGACUUUCGUUGGAAAUGCAUGCUGGAGUUGGCCCAGAAGGAGGUGUUGCGGCUAUUGGCCCAGCUGGGGCUAUGCUUGGAGGGAAUGCUUCCCCAGAGGGAAAGGGUACAAGUGGAACAAGGCCAGGAGCUUGGGACGCUGAGGGAAGAACUGGAUGAAGUCUCUGCUGCGGCAAAGCGGGCAUCAAUAUCUCUCACUCAAGUCCGGGCAGACCUGGAUGGACUUCUGGAAGACAUAUCCCGACAUCUUGCAACACUGAAGAAUAUGGAAGCAUCCGACCGGCCUCCUAAUUGUGCUAGAUGUUCCAGCUACAGCAUUGUGAAUACAGAGGUGCUGCGAAAGAUGUUUGAACAUGCGAUGGCACCCAUUUUGGAGGAGCUGAAGCAGCGGGCCCAAUCAGAAGGCAUAUGCCCCAGCUGCCAGCGUUUGCAGAAGACGAUGACACAGUGAGGCACAGAGUAGACUAACCCUAGACCCUCCUGCCCCCAAUAAAAUGUUUCCAGAGUGCAGUCUUUCUGGAGCAUUUUUCCGAUCCUAAGUUGAUGCAGACCAGACCCUGAAUCCUAUUCUCAUUCUAAUCAGAUAUCUGUUCACCAAAAUUUCUGGCAGAAAAAUAUUUUUAAAUACUGGAGAUUAAAUUUAGGAUCUUCAGAGGGCAAAGCACCGUAACUUUGCCCCUAAGCUUUUCUUCCUCUUGUCUUGACUCAUACAGGGAAUUCAGUCCACAGCCCAAAAGUUAAAUGAAAAUCCUGCAUGUGCUUUCCUGAGCACUUCUGUUAGUGCUGAAUGAUAGAUUCAGUGUGACUGAAAGUGAAAGUCAUUACAUUGACAGGGAACAAUCAACAAUAUUAAUUGUAAUGAUAAAUGUAAAUUAAAAUUUGUUUUUUUCUGGUCCUAUUGAUUUUGGAGACUGCAGCCUCCUGUUGUUUUUCCAAGUCCAAAUAUGAUUCAGAUGAUCUGAUUAGAGCUACAUAUCACUCAACUACAGUUUUUGUACCAAGUCCUCAAUGAGUGGUUUUCCUGUGCACUUCUAUGUUGCUCUUCUUCUCCUCUGAAUAACUGUUCCCAUACUUUAUGGGGAGGAUAAUAGCACUAAGGUUGGUAUAGGACAGUAAAACAAAGUGAAAAAAAUGUUAGCUAAACAUCAAGCUUUGCUCCUGGACAAUAAA